AUGAAAACAGAAAACAGAAAGACCAAGGUCUUCCCCCUGGGAUUUUUUGGGAUAACCACUGUGAUUCGCGGAAGAACUCAGGAUGAUCCCACGGAAGAUCCCGCGUUGCAGCACUCGGGCUUCACGUCCAGCGGCUGGGACAAGUACUACUUCUUCAGCAAUCCGGCCAGUUGCGCCGGCCCCGGAAAAGGCAACCUGCACCCCACGGCGCGGCUGGGGCGCAACCGUCCAGCCAUGAACGGACCCCAAACCUUCACCAUUGAGGCUUUUACGCCACAGGCAGCACGGGCCGACCCGCCGUCCCGUCGUCAGGAGUUGAAGCUGGCACGCAUUCGCAUUGAAAAGAAGGGUGCACGUACCACCUAUGCCGAGUCCUAUAGCCAAUUUGCCCAGGCAGUGCAUGGCAGUUUUGGGCGCUUUUUGGGCACCUGGAGUUCGACCUCCGUCAUGGGGCCCAUCGAGCGUCCCAGCGGCCAUCGGAUCAUGAAGCAAGCAGCUGCGACGGGGCAAAGCAUCUCGGACACCCUGCAGCAAGCGGGCCUGGGUGCCCUCAAUCGCUCGGCCAGCGCCUCUGAGAUUCUGGCGGGUCCCAUUUGCGCGCCGCACAUGGGACCGCAUUGGCCACCCCCCGGGCCGGAGCGGCCAGACCCGUUGAAGACGCGCAAGGAGCUGAUGGCCUGGGGAGACCACCGAACCUUCGUGGAGCUCCAUGCCAAGGAUCGCAAGGCACCUGACGAGAUUUUCUACACAAUUACCAGCAUUCCUUGA